CAGACACAGUCAGUCAGUGUGGACCGGGAGUCUCAGCGGCAGUUUGGGGAGAAUCCGAGCCGGGAAAACUGCGUCAAAUACGGGGAUAAGUCAACAGGGUGGAAUCCGCAAUGAGUUGGGGAACGGAGCUCUGGGACCAGUUUGAUAAUCUGGACAAACACACUCAGUGGGGGAUCGACUUUCUCGAGCGCUACGCAAAGUUUGUCAAGGAGAGGCUGGACAUAGAGCAGAACUACGCCAAGCAGCUACGGAGCUUGGUGAAGAAGUACUGUCCCAAACGCUCUAAAGAUGAAGAACCGAGGUUCACAUCGUGUCUGUCCUUCUACUCUGUACUGAAUGAACUGAACGACUUUGCCGGUCAGCGGGAGGUGGUUGCCGAGGAGAUGGCUCAUAAGGUGUACGGAGAGCUGAUGAGGUACAGCCAAGACCUCAAAACUGAGAGGAAGCACCAUCUACAGGAGGGCAGGAAGGCCCAGCAGUAUUUGGAUCAUUGCUGGAAACAGAUGGACAAUAGUAAAAGGAAGUUCGAGAGAGAGUGCAAAGAAGCGGAGAAAUCGCAGAUCACCUAUGAUCGGUUAGAUAACGACAUCAACGCCACCAAAUCUGAGGUGGAGAAGGCCAAAGCCCAGUUCUACCUGCGGACCCACAUGGCUGACGAGAGUAAAAACGAGUACGCGGCUCAACUCCAGAACUUCAACGCAGAGCAGUGGAAACAUUUCAACAAUGCCAUACCACACAUCUUCAAGAAUCUGCAGGACAUGGACGAACGUCGGACGGAACUCGGGGAGACGUACCGAUGUUUUGCUGAGGCUGAGCGGAGAGUCAUUCCCAUCGUCUCCAAAUGUCUCGAGGGAAUGGUUUCUGCCGCCAAAGCUGUUGAUGAGCGAAAGGAUUCAGCCAUUGUCGUGGAGUCAUUUAAGUCAGGUUUCGACCCGCCGGGCGACUUCCCCUUCGAGGACUUCAGUCAGAACCUGAGCAGGACGGGUUCAGACGGGACCAUCAGCAGCACGCCCAAAGCAGAGAAAGACAGAGACGGGGGCCCGGGCACACGACCCGAUCUUAAACAACAUCCCAUGAACAGAACAAAGAACAAGCUGUGGCUGUUUGGGAAGAAACCAAAGGCCCCGUCUCUGGAAGACUUCAGUCACUUACCCCCCGAGCAGAGGCGGAAGAGGCUGCAGGCGAGGAUCGAUGAACUCAACAAAGAGCUUCAGAAAGAGAUGGAUCAGAGAGACGCCCUGAACAAAAUGAAGGAUGUGUACGAGAAGAAUCCACAGAUGGGAGACCCCAGCAGCCUUCAGCCCAAAAUAUCCGAGACCAUAUGUAACAUGGAGAAGCUGCGCUCGGAAAUCCACAAAAACGAGACUUGGUUAUCUGAGGUGGAGGGAAAGCAGAGCUCAAGAGGAGACAGAAGACACAGCGCUGACAACCAUCAUCACGCUCCUCAAGGCCGAGAGAGUCCUGAAGGCAGUUACACAGACGACACCAGUCAGGAGCAUCACACACCUCACCACCGCCCCAAAAGUCCACCAGCCGGACGCCCGAGCAUGGACCCGCACGAGUUUGACGACGAGUUCGACGAUGAUGACCCGCUGCCCGUUAUCGGACACUGCAAAGCACUCUACUCCUUUGAUGGUCAGAACGAGGGGACGCUGGUGAUGGCAGAGGACGAGGUGUUGUACAUCAUCGAGGAGGAUAAAGGCGACGGCUGGACGAGGGCGAGGAAGCAGAGCGGAGAGGAAGGCUACGUCCCCACCUCCUACGUAGACAUCACCCUGGAGAAAAACAGCAAAGGUUCCUGAGGGCUGCAGGGUGGCCGGGCGAUUUGAUUGGCUGGUGGAGGGCUCUCACGCCGAAGGCUGAUUAUUGGUGGUGGGGGUGGUGACAAAGAAAGAAAGAAAGAGAGUAAUGAGUGGACUAAGUGGGAAAUGAAGUCGGGUGGGGGGCAGGUUUGCACGUCUGCAUGCUCACUCAUCCUUAAUCAGCAAAGCACUCUGGGAUACUAGGUAAGAGUUUUGAGGAGAGUCUAGCAGGAGAGUAGAUCAUCUCGAUAACUCCAAAAUCACGCAUUAAUAUCUCUCAAUUUGGAGAAGUCCAACCCGCACCUGCAGGAGCUUCUCCUAGUUAAUGCAGCCUUUAAGAACUCUUCAGACACUCUCGUCUUCUCUGCAUCCAGCUGCUAAAGUUUGACUUUUUUAAACUAGCAGAAGAGGCAGAAAAGAAAAGAGGAACGUGUGUUAAAAUUCCCUAAAAUAAACUUUUGCUCAACCAUUCGAUUUAAAACUCAGGACAUCAUCACAUUUUUUUUUUAGGGUCAGUUACGGUUCUUGCUACUAACAAAAUCAUUGUUGCUCUGCUCCAACUCAUUCCUGUCAUCAUCAUCAUCAUCAUCUGUGCUCCGUUGGCGAUGUCUGCCUGCCUGCCUGCCUGAGCCACUCUGCUCCUCAUGCCUGCCCUCACCGUCUCACAGUCGCAUGUCCUUAACGUGUCCCAAACAUGAUCAGGUGUCUUUAACUACAAAGUGUGUGUGCUUCUGUGGGUGUGAGUUUUGUGUUGAAUGUCAUGGUGAAUGUGUUUAAUAAAAAAGUCCAGCAUGAGUAUGAUUUCAUUUCUGUGCGUUGAAUGUUUCCCAAACAGCCUUCUGGGUAAAAUCAGAGCAGAAAAGCAGGACCUCUCUACCACUCUUUCUGUCCCCACCUUCCUCUCCUCUUUUUCCUUGGCUGUGAUUCCACCAGUCAACCAGCAGAUGGAGACCUUCCCUCAUCAAACACCAGCUCAGCGCUGAGCAGGACUGACCCCGCUUUAAUCAACAACACCAAACAUGAAGAGGAACUUCAGACUCUGCCUUAAAAAAAUCACGUCGUUUUACUGUGGAGGGAUUAUUCCAAACAUGUCAGGAUUUGUCUGUGUGACUACAUUUUCCAUCAGCCACUCUACCAGCCCUUUUAAAAGGACUCUACAUCUUACAUGAAUACGUUUUUCUCCGAUUUUAAUCAGUUGUUAUUGUGAAUGUGACGACACACGCUUGCAUGUAUCACCUACAUGUACUCGCAGGUACGGAAAGCCAAACAGGACAAAAACCACGUCUGUGUAUUUGACUUUCCAUAUGCGUGCAAAUGUGGUUAAGAACCCAUUUCCAAAUAAGUUGGGACAUUGUGUAAAAUGUAAAUGUAUAUAUUUUUUAUGCCUUUUUAAAUAGGACAGUGGAUAGAGAGUGAGGAAUGACAUGCAGGGAAGUAGCUGCAGGUCGGAUUCUAACCCGGGCCGUCGGCUUGAAGGGCUAAUUCCUCCGUACAUGGGGUACAGCGUAACCGCUAGGACAUCUUCACCCCUUUUAUUUACAUGUUACUCAACGUCCCAACUUUUCUGGGGAUGUAGCUGUACAUGUGUGUGUGUGUUACAUGUUGUUGGUUAUUACCAUCGAAUGAUUUGUACAUAUUAACAUCUUAAUGUAAUGCUGAAUGUGUUUCCAUGGUGAUUGUUUUUAAGGUUUGUUUGAUUGUCACAAGGUUUGAAUUGAACUGACGCACUUUGCCCUGAAGUACUACAGCAUUUGAAUCGGAUUGAUUGAUUGAAUGAAUGAAGGUGUGUGUGGUCGGCUGAGAAGAGGUGUGAACUUUACGAAUGUGACAAAAAGAAGAAAGGAAAAAAAAAACAGCUCCAGAAAUUCUCUCUUAAAAUCCUUUUUAUACUGUUUUUUUUGUAAACUCUUGAUGAGCACAGACCUGCUCGUUUUAGCAUGAUUUUCUACGUCUGUGUCUCUCUGGUGUUUGUUUUUGAACUGUUCACUCUUUUUCUUCAGUAGACGAGCAGAACCACACAUCUCAAGUCAAGGCUAGACUUCAUUUUCAUGCUAUUUAAGACAAAAAAAAAAAUGCCACUAAUGACUCUGCGUUUGUAGAUCCAAACAGCAGGUGGCAGCACCUUUGCUGUGUCUGUGUUUCUAAGAAGAAGCUGUGAAAUGUACAGAAUGAUGCUGUAGGUGUUGUUACUUGAACUAACCACGAUGCCCCACCUUUCUUCUUCUGUUGGCCAUCGUUUUGCACCAGAAAAUUGUGGAAAGAUUUUUUAACAUUAACUGACUUGUGCUUCCCUUAAUGCAGAUUAAAAGAACGAGAAAGUA